UGUGUCACGUGAGGCCCAGGUGGCGGCGCAGCUACGGCGAGAGCGUGAGAGGAAGAAGGGGAAGCCGGAAGGGGCGCGAGGGAAGCCGCGCGGAGGAGACAGCUCCCGAGAGGGCGAGGGGUGCGCGUGCGCCCGCUUCUCCCCCCAGCUCGGCUCCACCGCCCUCGCUCGCGGCCAGGUGACAGCUGGGCCCGGCCCGCCGCGCGCUGCCUGGGACGCGAGGAGCGCGCGCCCUGCCCUCGCGCACCGCGCCGGGCGCCCCUCCCCCUCGUCCCGUCCGUCCCGUCGCGUCCCGUCCCCUCGGGUGCCGCCGGCCGGGUGCCGAGGCGAGGCGGCGGCGUGGACGUCUUCUGACUCCCGAUCCUUGUCCCGACUGCCCUUUCCACUCCGUCGCGGGGCCGGCCGCUCCUCCGGCCCCAGGAUGCAGAAUGUGAUUAACACGGUGAAGGGAAAGGCGCUGGAAGUGGCUGAGUACCUGACCCCGGUCCUCAAGGAAUCAAAGUUUAAGGAAACAGGUGUUAUCACCCCAGAAGAGUUUGUGGCAGCUGGAGAUCACUUAGUCCACCACUGUCCAACAUGGCAAUGGGCUACAGGAGAAGAAUUGAAAGUGAAAGCUUACCUGCCAUCAGGCAAACAAUUUUUGGUCACCAAAAAUGUACCAUGCUACAAGCGGUGCAAACAGAUGGAAUAUUCAGAUGAAUUGGAAGCUAUCAUCGAAGAAGAUGAUGGUGAUGGGGGUUGGGUAGAUACUUAUCAUAAUACAGGUAUUGCAGGAAUAACCGAAGCAGUUAAGGAGAUUACACUGGAAAACAAGGACAGUAUAAAACUCCAAGAUUGCUCAGCAUUAUGUGAGGAAGAGGAAGAGGAAGAUGAAGGAGAAGCUGCAGAUAUGGAAGAAUAUGAAGAGAGUGGAUUGCUGGAAACAGAUGAGGCUACUCUAGAUACAAGGAAAAUAGUAGAAGCUUGUAAAGCUAAAACUGAUGCUGGAGGUGAAGAUGCUAUUUUGCAAACCAGAACUUAUGACCUUUACAUCACUUAUGAUAAAUAUUACCAGACACCACGACUAUGGUUGUUUGGAUAUGAUGAGCAACGGCAGCCUUUAACGGUUGAGCACAUGUAUGAAGACAUCAGUCAAGAUCAUGUGAAGAAAACAGUGACCAUUGAAAAUCACCCUCAUCUUCCACCACCUCCUAUGUGUUCAGUUCACCCAUGCAGGCAUGCUGAGGUGAUGAAGAAAAUCAUCGAGACUGUUGCGGAAGGAGGGGGAGAGCUCGGUGUUCACAUGUAUCUUCUAAUUUUCUUGAAAUUUGUACAAGCUGUCAUUCCAACAAUAGAAUAUGACUACACAAGACACUUCACAAUGUAACAGAGAGAGCAUAGAAACUGUCCUAAUUAUUGGUUCUGAUUUUUAAAGAAUUAACCCAUAGAUGUGACUGUUGACCCUAUCUACCAGUAUGUACAAUUUCUCUAAUAAAGAGACAUGUUUAUGCAUUAAAUAAAAAAGUUCCACUACCAGCCUUAUUUGUUUAAUAAAAA